UAUCACCCGGAGGAUACAGCGUCACACAUGACCUUUGGACCACGACUAAUAGUCUUUUAAAAGACAACAGCUCAGCCAAAAGCGUGUCACUCUAAAGCAAACACCGGUUCUGCCUUUUAGUCAUGAAUCCAUUACUUUACCUUGGGGUGUUACUACUUGCUUCACACGCAUUUACCUUUAUUCAGGAAGGACCGAGCUCUCUCUCAGUUUACGCCCUACGGUUGGGACCGGGAGAAGAAAUAGUCACAUCAUUGUUUAAAUUUGUGCAGGAAAAGAAUCUAAGAGCGCCGUUUGUUAUUACUUGUGUGGGCAGCGUCACCAAAGCAACACUUAGACUGGCUAAUUCAGAUGCGCAGAAUACCAAUGAGAUAAUACAUUUAAAAGAGCGAUUUGAAAUAGUGUCCUUAGUAGGAACCUUAAAUGAACAAGCACACCUCCACAUCUCCCUUUCUGACAAGGAUGGGAAGACCAUCGGUGGCCAUGCUAUGGGGGAUCUGGAAGUCUUCACUACAGCUGAAAUAGUGAUUGGAGAGCUUAGUGACCUUCAAUUCACUCGGGAGAUGGAUGAACGCACAGGCUUCCCAGAGCUUGUCAUUAGGCCUCGUUCAGAAAAUACUACCUCUGCCUAGCUUCUAAAUUAUGUCCCAUUUUUUUGUUCAAAACAAGAGAAUGAGAUAAAUUUGUCUCGGAGCAUGUCUUUACGUUGCUCUUUGCAUUAUUGUAUUGAUUGCAGCCAUUUGAUCACGCACAACAUAAUCAGUCAUGUAGGAAAUACACACAGCAGAAUCAUCUCGGUAAAUUCUUUAAAUGUCUCGUCAUUAAUUUCUGCUGUUUAUCAGCAUGAGUUGCAUUUAAUGUUCAGGGAUUUUUCUUUUCUCGUCAGCCUUGGCUAAAAUGUUCUACAGGGAUUUUUACGAGACUGAUUGGCCCAGAGACAGUAUAGGACGGUAACAAUGGCCCGGGGGCUAAUGAAUGUGCUGUUUGCUCAUCUUUACACGGUUCCUGUAACACUAAUUGGGAGGGACAGCUCAAGCAA